GCCCUGGCCCUGACUCAUGAAUGAUGGAUCAGGGCAGUGGAGCAGGUGACUUGUGGCACUGUGUAGCAGGGCUGGCUGCGUGCUCGGGGCUGGGCUUUGCUGGAAGGUGCCUGAACCCUCUGGGGCACAGUGUGGGGAUGGGCUGCAGAGUGAAUGGAGCGGCUCUGGCUGGGGCCAUGGAGCAGGAGCCCAAGUCUGGGGGUCGGCAGGACAAGAAGUUUGAUCUACACAUGGACGUGGCCAGCUUCUCUCCAGAGGAGCUGAUGGUGAGGCAAGAGGGCAGGAAGGUGACAGUGGUGGGGAGCCACAAGAAGCAGAGCCCUGGAAAGGAUGGAGGCAGCUUCUGGGAGUACCAGGAGAUGCACAAGGAAAUGCUCCUGCCUGCAGACCUGGACUUGGAUGCCAUGACCUGCUCUCUGUGCUUUGAUGCACAACUCCACGUUGAAGCAACAUGCCUGGCCCUGCAGCCUGCAGAAGGAAAAGGCAUUUCCAGCCAUGCCCAGUGGGGAGAGGGAGCCACACAAACAGACCCUGCUGCCAAGGAGGAGGAGAAGCUAGGAAGGGAGGUGGAAAGCAGCAGCCAGGAGUCCUGACCCAACAAGAUGGGGUGAUGGCAAGCAUGCUGCCCUCACCCAGAAACUACAGAUAUUUCUGGGGUGUAUCCCUG